UGAAUGACUCCACUCCAACUUCCUGUGCAGCUUUUGCUAACUAUAGCAACUGCAUCUCAGUAGAGUUGGUCAACUGACGGCUACUGCUACCAUCAAGUUAGUCCAAAUGGAUUACACUUCAACUCAAAGUGGGUUCAGACAGCGUAAGUUACAGCCUAAUAUGCGUCUAAGGACUAGUUUGGUGGAUGGUUCAGAAGGCAGCCAGCUGUUUGAGGAUACGAGUGGAGCUGCAUCUGGACCGCAGAAAGGGUUCAGUAACCAGCAGGCCGGGCCUCAAGCAGCAGCAGCAGCAGCAGCAGGAUUUCCUGGCCAGUCUAUCCUGUCAGACCCCAUGUCUAACUUGGCCAUGGCAUAUGGCAGCUCACUGGCGUCCCAGGGAAGGGAAAUGGUAGACAAGAAUCUGGACAGGUUCAUCCCAAUUUCUAAGCUGAAAUAUUACUUUGCCGUGGACACAGUGUACGUGGGGAAGAAGCUGGGCCUUCUUGUAUUCCCUUACAUGCACGAUAACUGGGAGGUGAGCUACCAGCAGGACACUCCUGUGGCUCCACGCUUUGAUGUGAACGCUCCUGAUCUCUACAUUCCCGCCAUGGGCUUCAUAACAUACAUCCUGGUGGCUGGACUUGCCCUCGGCACACAAAACAAGUUUUCUCCGGAGCUGCUGGGAGUUCAGGCCAGCUCAGCGUUGGUGUGGCUGAUCAUGGAAGUCCUGGCGGUCCUGCUGUCGCUCUACCUUGUGACCGUAAACACUGACCUCACGACCAUAGACCUACUGGCUUUUUCUGGCUACAAAUAUGUUGGGAUGAUUGUAGGGGUCGUAGCAGGCCUGCUGUUUGGGAGGCCGGCAUACUAUCUCUCUCUGCUGUGGUGCUGUGUUGCCAUCUUUGUCUUUAUGAUCCGCACGCUGCGUCUGAAGCUGUUAUCUGAGGCGGCGGCAGAGGGAAGGCUGGUGAGAGGAGCCAGAAACCAGCUGAGGAUGUACCUCACCAUGUCUAUAGCAGCAGCACAACCCAUCUUCAUGUUCUGGCUCACCUACCACCUCAUCAGAUAAAACACACACACACUCAUUUUGUAGAAGAUGAACUUGGCUGUCCAAAGGCCAUCGCACCCCCUUAAAAACACUCAAGAAAACACACACACACACACACACACACACACACACACACACACACACACACACACACACACACACACACACACACACACACACACACACACACACACCAAAGAAGCUGGACUUGGAUGAAACACACAACAGCCAUAGUAGUCUGGAAAAUAUCACAAGACUCCCUCCAUGUAUUCAUGGAGCAAAACAACACAUGCUACAAGACGAUUAGGAGAGGAAGUGAGGCAUUGCUGCCUUCUCUCUCACAGCACAGCCCCAAGUCAUUAGUUUUGCCUUUUUUUUUGUGUCUUUUUUUUAUGUAAUGUCUUCAGAAAUGUGUAGCAAGAGCAAACUGCUUCAAGUUGUUUUUCUAUACUUUGUAAUUAUUGGUUAAUUAUGUUUUUAGGAAUAUUUAUGUAUGUUUUGUGUAUAGAAAAAUUAUUAUUGCAGAUGUUGCUCAUGUGAGUUUUCUGAGCCGACCAAGAAAGCAAACUAACCUCACACAAACCGUCCAUUAAAUGACGAGAAAGAAGUCAAAUUCAGGUUUAAAGGUGAUUUAACUGGUUUGGGUGUUUGACUAGAAUGACCUUUUCCCUGGUGCUCAUGUUUAUUUCAUGGCUGAGAGAAAUAUGUGUUCUGUCAUCAUUGGAUCUGGAAACAAGGGUUAUGUAACUGGUGUGUGUGAGUGUGGCUGCAGUACCACCUCUGUUUUAUCUGUUUAAUCUUUUUGUAUGCGCUUUGAUACAUGUUCUUUGCUGCCUGACAACUCUUGAAUAGAAAUAUCAACUGUGUUUAAGCCACGACAUCAGGGCGUAGACCUCACAGUGAAAUGAGUUGACUUUGAUAUCCUUUUUAAAUACAAAGUAAAUUAUUUACUGCUUUUCAUAUUUAAAGUCUGAUGGAAUAAAGGAAGGGAAGAGAUGGUCUGUUCUGUGAAAAUUGUUUGUCUCUGAAAUACUUGAAAUAUUUUAACGUUGAAAAAUACUUUCUUGUGCUUCAAUGUGCUUGUAAAUCCUCCCAUGCCUCAGCUGUUUUUUAUGUAGCCAAUGUUGACUCAAACCAGGGUAGGAUUCACAUUCACUUAAAUUAAUUCAGGAAACUUCAAAAAUCUGGAUUUUUGUUUUUUGCAUUUCCCUCAGAUGGAACUUUAUUAUUGAUAAAUGCUAAAACACUAACCUCCGUUAACUGAGGUGUCAAUAAAACCUUCCAAAUAUUUUGACAAAGUGCUCAUUUACAUAGGAUUUCUUAAAUUGCAACAUCUCAUUACGAAUAACUCAUUCCUUACAUACAUGUAGCAGGUAAUUCAAACACCUAUUUCAGGAUUAAUCGUGAAUGGAUCCCAUCUGACUGUCAAAGUAGGCUGUAAGCAACCUAUCGAGUCAAGCCACUGAAAUGAUAUGACGACUGAUAAAUAAAGUCUGACUGAUGGAGCUGCUGAA